CAGCCGUAGACUAGACACCGGAUCCUCGGAUUAAUCACUUGCACACACUGUCGCCGGGAGACAAGGUAAUAAAACAAUCUGAGGAUAUCAACGUCUUUCCAAAAGCCUCCUCUGAAGGUAUUUGAGCAAAGGAGUGUUACUAGUAACUAUAACAACAACAACCCAGAACCUCUCCAGAUUUUUUUACCUCUUCAGUACCACAUUCUGCAUUUAACCAUGGUGGACAAAAUUGCCUCUUUUGGACAUGCGCUGCUUCGCCGUCGUGUGCUGGAUUGCUCUGGAGAGGAAACACGCUUUGCUCGCUGCCUGUCCACUCUGGAUCUAGUGGCACUCGGUGUGGGCUCUACACUUGGAGCUGGAGUGUAUGUUCUAGCCGGGGAGGUUGCAAGAGAGAAGGCUGGUCCUGCUAUCAUCUUAUGUUUCCUCGUGGCCGCACUCUCCUCCAUGCUGGCUGGACUGUGCUAUGCAGAGUUUGGAGCCCGAGUGCCUAAGACAGGGUCAGCGUACUUGUACAGCUAUGUAACGGUGGGAGAGAUCUGGGCCUUCAUAACUGGUUGGAACCUCAUUCUCUCAUAUGUGAUAGGUACAGCUAGUGUGGCACGAGCUUGGAGCUCCACUUUUGAUAAUUUGAUUGAGCAGAAGAUCUCUAGCUUUUUCAAGGCAUCCAUGGCUAUGAAGGUUCCUGGGAAGGUUCUUGCCGAAUAUCCAGACCUGUUUGCCCUCAUUCUCAUCCUUCUACUGACUGGACUGCUUGCUUUUGGUGCAAGUGAGUCUGCUUUGGUCAACAAGAUCUUCACUGGGAUCAACCUGGUAGUUUUGGGCUUUGUCAUCAUAUCUGGCUUUUUCAAAGGCAAUACAGCGAACUGGAACCUCACAUACCAGGACUUCGUCAAUGAUACCAAUAUCACCGAACCAGAACGGGUAGAAAGCACAUUUGGAAGUGGUGGUUUUGCUCCGUUUGGCACUGGAGGAAUCUUGUCUGGGGCUGCCACAUGUUUCUACGCCUUUGUGGGCUUUGAUUGCAUUGCUACAACAAGUGAAGAAGCCAAAAACCCAAUGCGUUCCAUCCCUGUGGGCAUCGUGGCAUCUCUUCUCAUUUGCUUCUUUGCUUACUUUGGAGUGUCAGCCGCUCUUACACUCAUGAUGCCCUACUACAAGCUCAACACCCAGAGUCCAUUGCCUGAGGCUUUCAGUUACGUGGGCUGGGCGCCAGCACGCUAUAUUGUAGCAGUUGGUUCACUCUGCGCCCUCUCUACAAGUCUGCUGGGCUCCAUGUUCCCCAUGCCUCGAGUGAUUUACGCUAUGGCAGAGGAUGGACUGCUCUUCCGUUCACUUUCCAGGAUGAACAAGAGAACCAAAACUCCAUUGUUGGCGACCGUUGUGUCUGGCAUAGUAGCAGCUCUCAUGGCUUUUCUCUUUGAUUUGGCUGCAUUGGUUGACCUCAUGUCUAUUGGGACAUUGCUGGCUUACUCUCUGGUGGCUGUGUGUGUUCUCAUCCUUAGAUAUCAGCCAGGCAACCUGAGCUCUUCCAGUCAGACUGAGAAACUGGUAGAACUAGUCGGUGGGGAGAAAGUGGCGGUAUGUGGAGACAGUGGUGAUGAAUAUGGCACAGAGCUGGACGACACUCCCCGCAAAGAGAAGUUCUCCCUGAAACUCCUUCUGGUUCCCUCUAAGGACUCGCCGACUGAAACAUCUGGCACUAUUGUCUAUGCUACAACCUCUGUCAUCUCUGUGCUGAUGACCGUGUUGUGCGUAGUCUUAGCUGUACGUCUGGAGGCCAUCAUGAAUGGCGAGAUUGUGUGGGUGACGAUGUGUGUCAUUCUGGCUGUGCUGUGCUUCUUGUGCGUCAUUGUGAUCUUCAGACAGCCUGAGAGCAAGGAAGCGCUCGCCUUCAAGGUGCCUCUGUUGCCUUGGCUGCCUCUUUUCAGUAUUUUUGUCAACAUCUAUCUCAUGAUGCAGUUGGACAUUGCCACCUGGUGUCGCUUCACAGUGUGGAUGGGCAUCGGUUUUGCAAUCUACUUCGGCUAUGGUAUCCGGAACAGCACAGAGGCCAAGAACAGCUCCACCCUAAAAUAUGAGCCUCAACUUAAGAGCAAAAGCCCUAUCUAUCUUGGUAGAGAUGAGAGUGAGCUGGAGGGGAUUUCUCCCUGAUGAAAAGACAGAUGGGCUAGCCAAGUUAGCCUUCCUGUUCUACAUUCAUCCGUUGAAGUCUGCAGAUUUAAUGUAAAAGUAACUCUUGCUCAUUUAAUGCCCCCCCAACCAGUGUUGUAGUACUCAAGAUCGGUCUUGGUCUUGAGACCACUUUUUGAAGGUCUCGGAAUCGAUCGCAUUUUCCAGGACCCUGAAUUUUAUUUCAAGACUGGUCAAGACCACAACUGCGGGGAUAUCACUAAAUUGCCUGUGCAUUGACUGAUUUAAUUGUUAACAUCAUUAAUGUGAUUGGAUGGAAGACUUCCUGCUUCAAAUACAAGCAAUAACUUGACUCAUUUCUAAUUUGAAAUUUUUGUUACUGUUAACGGCUGUCACACCUCCCAGCCCCCCUCCACACGCACUCCAAGAAAGUGAAUGUGAGAGACAGGAGAAGAAACUGUGAAGAUGUCAGACAAAUCUUCUGUAAUACAAUUUGGCUACCUAAACCAGUUUUUCCCAACCACUGUGCCCACUAGUGUGCCGUGAAAGAUUGUGAGGCGUGCCGUGGAAAAUUAACAAAUUCCUCAAAAUAAAUAAAAAAAUGUUCCCUGGUAUUUUAAUGAAGGCAUAGAGACUGUAGAAGAGUUUUAAAGUUGCCAAUUCAUUAUAUUUUCCAUUACGAAGUAUUUUAUGCAACCAGUUUAAAUAUUUUGUCCAUCAUAAAAUUAUUGGUCUAACAAACUCUAGUCCGCUGUCAAACAACUCCUCACAUGCCCACAAAAUGAUGCUUCACAUCACACUUGUAGUAAAAAAAUUCAGUCAGUGAACCGAAUGAAUAGAAUACAACAGGCAUAUUGUUUUACUCAAAGAUUAAAAGCUGUUUAUUUGUGCACAGCAUAGUUACAGGUGUUAUGAAUAAAUGUGGCUUACUUGUCUCGUUUCUCUCAUGAAACAAAAUGUGAAUAUGAGAAACUGUUAAAUAAGAUUACUAAAAGCAAAUACUCCUGUUUUGAACAAGUCCAAAAACACAGUGAUAUGAUGUGUAGAUUCUGUGGUACUGUAAUCUUCACAAAGUGCGUUUGACAUCUGAACCAGUGAAAGGAGGCCGGGCGGCUGCUCUCGGGUCCUAAUGCCUGCCGUAUCCAAUCUCUGUCAUUGCAACAUGUGUUUUUUUUCUCUCUCUAUCAACAACGCGAUUUUAACCCGGUGCGACUUAGAAUUUAUUUUCCGAAAAUACAGUAAAUAAAUAAAAAAUAAUACAUUUUAAUUGCUGUUGCAAGAAUUUAAUUUGCAAGAACAAAUUGGAAAAGACAAUUUGUAACACAAUUUUGUUGGUUUUUCAUUAUCCAAGUAGCGCUCUUGGAAUCUGUGACCUCAUUAUACAGCGUGCCUAUGUUACUUGCGUUUUUUGCAUAGCCGAAUUUCAAACGUGUUCACGCUACUAAGACAGACAGAAAAUAUGGACAUGUUCUUGAAAAGGAAAACUAUCGACGAUGGUUAUGUGGGAUAGUAGUGUGCCAUGGGAUUAUUUUAAUCGUAAAAAGUGUGCCAUGGCAGAAAAAAGGUUGGGUAAACUGACCUAAACCACAAAGAGUUCUGCCUCUUUCUGCAUUCCAUUCAAAUCGGAUUUUCCAACUUUCUACUGGGAAAAGUGCAAUGGAACACCACUUGAAGUCAUACUAAACUGUUAAACUCUGAUUUCUCUGAGAUGUAGGUGUGUGACAUCACACAAUCUUGUCGGCACCCAGGAAGAUGUACAAAAUAAGUGAUAAACAUUCACUUUUAUUCAAUAAUAUCGAUGAGUCAAUGUUCCUAAUUUACAUGAUAUUAAUCAGAGAUAUCAAGUGGAAUUUCUCACAUCCGAUUUGAAUGGAAAGCAGCAUCUGUACCUAAACUCAUCUUCACCCUUCACCCUAAGAAAUUUAGCAAGUAUUAGUGAUGCACAUUAGCUACCUAUGUAUUUACUUUUUUUUUUUUUUUUUUUUAAGGGUGCUAGUUUCAGUGGCUUGCCAGCUAUUUGCCAC